CCCACCCUCCUGCUCAGUAUGGAUCUCAAGGACCGCCGGAACCGGUCCCUUAACCGGGGCCGCUGCCCCAAGGACCCCCACUACAACACCUCCUCCCUGGACACGGAUGAGUGUCGCGUGCCCACCCAGAAGUCGUACAGCUCCAGCGAGACGCUCAAGGCCUUCGACCACGAGCAGAGGCUGCACUACGGCGGCUGCGUGACCGACCUCGUGCACCAUGAGGCGGAUGAGUACUCCAGGCAAGCAGGUACCUUCACUCUGGCCGAGCUGGGGGCGUGCGAGCCCAACCCCCAGCCCCACCCGGCCGCCGCGCCCUACUGCCCGGACCUGCACCUCCUCCAGCGGGGGUACGCCCUGGGCGCCGGCUCCGACGCCGACUCGGACCCAGAGGGGCCCCUGUCCCCGGAGAGGGCCAUCCAGCUGUGGUCCGCCCAGGGGGGCCGCGCGGGGGGCAAGUCCCGCCGGAGCUCGGGGGUCUCCAGCCACGAGAACUCGGCCCUGACCCUCACCGACUCGGACAACGACAACAAGUCAGACGACGAAUCAGUUUACCUGGAUGAUGAGGACGAUGAGGACCCGUUUGGUGACUAUGUUUUCAGUAAGUUCUAUUUGACUCCUCCCCUUUGUAGAAUUUGGUAAAGCGUUACUCUGCGUAUAACUGUGUAGUUGAUCUUGUGUAGCUUGUGCUGUGAUUGGCUAAUGUCUAUUUUUUGGGCCAU